AUGUCUUCUGAGGAGGAGGACUACGUGCUGCCGCCGAAGUUUUACGAUGCUGCCUGGGAUGCACUUCCCAAAAAGGAAGAAAUCGGAGGACUUCAGUUUUGCCGAGCCCCAAAGCUACACGAAUGGGUCGUAAAGCUACAUUUCAAGCAUGGAGUGAAAGGGCCAAGCACGGGGACUGGGUUCUACAUCAAUGUGCCCGAUGCUGAAUGCUACAUCAUAUUGACGGCUGGCCACAAUCUAAUCGACAAGGAGAAAAGCUUGUCGGAAAAUUUGGAAGUUGAGUUGACACCUACGGAGAGGUAUAAGGUUGCGGAAGAAGGAACGGAUUUCUUCAUCUCCGCUGCUUACAGGGAUAACCCGACUCACGAAAGUGCGGAGUUUGACUAUGGUGCUAUCUUUGUCCCCAAGCCCAAGAAGUCUGAUGCACGAGGUUUCGGCUUUGCUCUGAAGCUCGGCCAUGACAAUCUUCAAAAGAAGCACUUGGCCAUCAGCGGCUAUCGGGUAAAGACACAUCAAGGACAACCAGUGAUAAGCACUGGAAGCUGCAUGGGUUGCUGGGAGAAUCAGCUUGAGUACGAGAUCAACACGGAGCCGGGAUUGAGCGGAUCACCCGUGUACAUGCCGUAUAGAGGGCAUGAAACGGUUGUUGCAAUCCACAACAACGGACCAAAAGGAAGAGGUCGAGGGAGCAAGGGGACACGCCUGAACGAAAAGGUCCUCGGGGAGAUCUUCAGCUGGGCCAAGGUCGGCCACCGCAACAAAUCCCUGAAGGUCUUCAACUCUGCAAAGCCACCGCAUGGGGACCUUUACCUCCGGUUCUUGCCCGAUCCUGGGCAGGAGCGUGGCUGGGUGCGGGCGGGCUACGAAGGCCUGGACACCAGCUUUGACGUUUUCCCCGCUUACGCACCCCCGUCGCACUACGAGGACUCGAACACGGUUCAACACGUGUUCCGCUUCUUGCUUCCGAAAGGCUGGCCAGGCUCGGCGGAGAAGCGGUGGGUGCUGUGGGACUUCACGAGGCAAUGCGUGACUUUGACCAGCACGCUGCAGGACUAUUGCUUCCCGAGAUUGGUGGAAGAUUCACAGGCUCCACACCCGUUUUGGAUCAGGCUGGAGACGCCGGAUGGUCAUCUGGUGGAACCCAAUUUGGAUGCGGCUGACUUGACAUCCGCGGAUAUCGCGAUGGGUGACCUAGAUACUCCAGGAGUGUCAUUCGGCAAAAGCCGCAAGAAAAGACUCAAUGUAGACUAA